AUGGAGGGGCCACGACAACCUCCGGCCUCCACCUCCACUGCCACAGCCAACGACAAUCAAAACCAACCAGGUGAAACUUCUUCCACGUGGCACCGUCCCACCAACAGCCUUCCCCAUGUCCCUUCGUCUGAUCCCUCCCAAGUCUCUUCACCUCCACUCCAUUUACGUAAACAUUCCCUCAAUCUCUUCCCAGCACUAUCAUCUUGCUCUCCUCCUCAUGAUCCGACCCCAGAGAUCGAGACCUACGUAGUCCAGGUUCCAAGGGAUCAAGUCUACUGGACUCCUCCCCCGGAAAAUGCAACCAUCGCUGAACAACGACGUAUGAAUAGCGAGCCGGGGAAAAAGAAGAAAAGAUUAUGCUCCAGAAAGCUCGUGUGGUUCUUUAUCGCAGUGGUCGUCAUGGGAUUUAUUAUUUGCGGGAUCGCACUCAUCGUCCGUUUUGUUGUAUUCAAGCCCAAACCUCCUUUUAUCCACGUUAAGAAACUCUGGAAGUCUCGCCAUCUCGAGAUCAUGUUGACAUCCAAGAACACGGCGUCCAACAUGUGGGUGACCUACAAAGGUCUUGUCUCGCUCACCUACAAGAACAAGAACCUUGGGCAAGGAGACUUCCCGGAGCUGUCACAAGCCGUGAAUGGAUUCAACACUGUUAGUCUAAAGCUAGACGGGUCCAAGAACGAGGAUGUGCUGCCGCCUGAAGCGGUUAGUUUGUUAUUGACGAUGGAGCUGAAUGCGAAUUAUGGCUCGGGCUUGUUGAAACGGAAGAGGAAAGUGGCGGUUACAUGCGAUGUUAAGGUAAAAGGAUUGUUAGAUGUGGUGGAGAUUGAGAUUGUGUCGGAGAAUUGUGAGAGUGAAUUCACUAAAUAA